AGGAAAGAACCAAGCUUGACUUCCUCAGUUGACUAGUAUGAGAUACUUGGAGCAUAUUUUAUUUUUAAGGACACUUUACCUUGCUGCAUAUGAAUCUCAAUUCAACAAACAACCUAAGAGAGCAUACUGGAGAAGGAUGAGUACUGUUCGAUGGCUGCUUCAGAUCUCCUUAUUACUAUGGCUAAGCAGAGGAUUAGCAGCAACUCAAGGGAAGUCUGGUUGUCUAGAGACGUGUGGAGACGUUGACAUUCCAUACCCCUUCGGAAUUGGAUCUGCUGGUUGCUACUUUGAUGAAUGGUUCGAAGUAACUUGCAACAACUCUAUCCACCCUCACAUUCCCAAGCCUUUCCUGAAAAUACUGAAUCUGGAGGUGCUGAAUGUUUCAUUAAAUCGUAGCACCAUCCGGGUAAACAACCCAGUACUCGGUUAUAUGAAUUGUUCCGGCAAACCGUCAAACGACGCACAGUCGUGGGAGGGAGGCCCCUUUUCAUUCUCUGACACCUACACUAGAUUCACUGCUGUGGGUUGCAGCACCCUGGCCUACAUCACGCAGAAUGAUUCAGUAAUCGGGGGAUGCAUGUCCUACUGCAAACAGGGCACAACUGCGGCAAAAAAUGGCAGCUGCUAUGGCUUGAAGUGUUGCCAAACCCAAUUCCCUCCGGGCCUCCAGUACUUCACUACAAUGUUAGGCGACUUUCCUAGUAAUAGUGAUGAUCAGGACGAAUGCAAAUACGCGUUCAUGGUGGACCAAGAAUGGUUCAUCUCAAUGGAACAAGAUCCAGAUAAGGUGAAAGAUGUGGGACAUGCUCCAGCAGUGCUGGACUGGCGGAUAUACAACGCAACAUGCAAGUCAGUCGGAUGGAAUAAUACCUCCACCUCAAACACAUCCACAAGUUUUUGUGGCGCGAAUGCCAUCUGUUCAGCUGACACUCAAACCCCAAGUCUCACCUGCCGUUGUCCCCGGGGAUAUGAAGGCAACCCUUAUCUUACCGAAGGAUGUGAAGGUACAAAUUAUAAGCUAUAUGAGAAUGGGACGGUAUGCAUUAAUAGGAAUGCAAAUUUUUCAUGCUAUCCGGUCGAUAAGUUGAUUGUUGAUCCACGUCCUCGAAGAAUGGUGUUGCCAGGCAUACUAGCAGGAGUUGGAACAUUGCUUCUAGUAAUUUGUGCAUGGUGGUUGUACAAAGUACUAAAAAGGAGACAAAAAAUUAAGUACAAGGAGAAAUGCUUUAAAAGAAAUGGUGGUUUACUUUUGGAACAACAAUUAUCUUCAAGUGAAGGAAAUGUUGAUAAAACCAAAUUGUUCACUUCCAAAGAGUUGGAGAAAGCCACUGAUCGUUAUAAUGAAAAUCGGGUUAUUGGUCAAGGAGGCCAAGGUACUGUUUACAAAGGAAUGUUAAUGGAUGGAAGAAUUGUUGCAGUUAAAAAGUUGAAGAUAGUGGGCGAUGGCAAAGUUGAGCAAUUCAUUAAUGAGGUUGUCAUUCUAUCCCAGAUUAAUCAUAGAAAUGUGGUUAAACUGUUAGGAUGUUGUUUGGAGACAGCAGUACCUUUGUUGGUCUAUGAGUUCAUUCCUAAUGGAACCCUUUCUGAACAUAUCCAUGACCAAAAUGAAGAGUUCCCAAUUACAUGGGAAAUGCGUCUUCGAAUUGCUAUUGAAGUUGCAGGAGCUCUUUCUUACUUGCAUUCAGCAGCUUCCAUACCAAUCUAUCACCGAGAUAUCAAAUCAACUAACAUACUUUUAGAUGAUAAAUAUCGAGCAAAAGUGGCAGACUUUGGAACUUCAAAAUCUGUUGCCAUUGAUCAAACACAUUUGACCACCCAAGUACAGGGUACUUUUGGAUACUUGGACCCAGAGUACUUUCAAUCAAGCCAAUUUACUGAAAAAAGUGAUGUCUAUAGCUUUGGAAUAGUUCUUAUUGAGCUUUUAACUGGGAAAAAGCCAAUCUUGUCAACUGCAUCAGAAGAAGGGAAAAGUUUAGCCUCAUAUUUCAUAUUGUCCAUGAAUGAAGAUCGUUUAUCAGAUCUUCUUGACGCUCAAGUUGUAAAAGAGGGUAAAAAAGAAGAGAUCAAUGCAAUUGCUUUUCUUGCAAGACGAUGCAUAAACUUGAAUGGGAAGAAAAGGCCUACAAUGAUGGAAGUUGCAAUGGAGUUGGAAAGAAUUAGAAAGUGUCAAGGAGAUUUCAAUGCUCAAGAAAAUUUUGAGGAGGUUGGAUACGACACCAUUGAAUUGACCGGGCCUUGGGAUGUUGCCUCCACUUCAAUGGGAUCUUGCUUGAAUACCAAUGCAUCUUCUUCAUCGGAUGUCCAACCUUUAUUGUUUCAAAAGUCAUUUUAAGUUGAUAAGCAUACUUUGUCUUAUCAUAUUAUAUAUGCAUUGAUGUAGAAAUAUGAGACUACUCUAGGUGGUACUUUGUGUGUAAUGUUUUGUUAAAGAAGUAUUGUAUGGUGAUACUUUUUAUAUGGGAAUGGAUUUCACUUAAACAUAAUGUUAUUGUAUGAUUAAUGUUUCUUAGUUAAUUAGAAGAAAUAGUACCACUUCAUCUUGCCUUUCGA